AUGUCGUCGAGGGGGAGUGUGUGUAACGGGUAUUUGGCGUGGGGUGAAGGUAGUGGGGAUGAAAGAUUGGGAAGAGAGAGUGAUAAUAGUGUUGAGGUUGUUAUUCAAGAACAAGGAUUGGACGAAAAACAACUAGGAAGAAGAACAGAAGGAUUGACGUUUUGCGGGGAUGAUGUUGGUGGGAGACAAACUGGUGUGCAAUGA